AUGGUUAAAGUCAAAAAUUGCGAUUCUCCUCCAGCGACACUAGACAGACAAGCAAAAUUCCAUCUCUUUCAUCGAUAUGGAGAUGUCCACUUGACAUCAAAAGACGGGAUCAUCUUCAGAAUAGAUGGUAAUCGCUUGAAAGACAUCAGGUUGGUGAAGGGCCAGUGUCCAUGUAACAAUCCAAUCCUGACGAUCGAUUACCUCAGUCCAGUCUUUGCUCUCUUCCUGGCAGACGAAGAGAUCAACGUACCAAUUGGAUCCAAGAGAAAGAGACCUUCAGAUGCGAACGAUAUCGUCUUACCUUUUCUGAAUGCGAUUAUCGACAUCUUUAUAAACCUGAUUAGCGUCUCGACACCUCAUGUGCCUGAAAUGAGCUGGAAAGAAGCUCUUACAUUCCUCGAAUCUUGCCGCAAAUAUCACGUCAAUAGCAGGAUCGUCAACCUGGUCCACGCCUCGCUCUCGCAGACAAGGGAUCUCGGCAACCCGUGGAUUAUCCUUAUAUGGGCCAGUCAGCGAAAGGAUAUCACAAUCGCUGAAAAAAUUCCUGAAAGGAUGACAACCAAUACCUUUCUCAAACCUCAAUUCUUCGAUCCGAUCGCAUGCGAAAUCAAGAGUAUACGAUUCUGA